CCUCCCCAGAGCACAAACUGAUCCCCGAUCCAGAUGUACUGCCGCUUUAAGAAGCUCCACACCGCCGGCGCUGGUCUCCGUUUCCCACCAGCGAGUUUGUCCACGAUGGCGAAGAAAUAAACAAGCGGAGCGGAUGGGGCGGCGGUGACCGUGAACGCAUCCCUCCUUCACCAACCGCGGCUCCGCGUUUCAGCCGCGCGUGCACCGGUGUUUUGGAGUGCAGAUAGCUCACACAGAAGCCGUCAUCCAGGACAGCGAUGAGAGGAGAGAAAGCAGUUUUCCUGCGGACACUGAACGCCUCAGCAGCAGCAGAAGAAGCCGGCGGCCGGGCUGGCUGUCGCCGCGGACAUUUCUGCUCGAUUUAGCGGCGACAUAAGAAAUGAACUAAAGGAGGACCUCGACCCCGAUAGUCUCUUAGCACAAUAGCAGUUUUUUAAAAAACAAACUUUGUGGGGUUGACCUCCCCUCUGUGUUGUUUUGGUUUCGCCCCAAAAACCGUCGCCAAAGAUGUUGACGGGAUCAAAAACCACGUUCAAAGUCAGGCAAAUGCUGCCGGACAUCAAGGAGAGGAUGCUGAGUCAGAGCAGCAUCACGGCGCGGAGCCGGGAGAUGUUUGGGCUUCGCUGUCUGCCAGGCGAGUGUGUGCUGCAGAGAGCUCUCAUGGUGAGGAAGAAGCUGACGGCCAGAGAAGGUCGAGGCUGGAUGUCGGGGACGCUCUUCUGCACCCACUUCAGAGUGGCCUUCGUUCCUCAGGACGGCCCCAAACCCGACGACAACACGGACCCGGUUCUUCUGGGAGAUCACGAUGUGGCUUUGGCGUCGAUAGAGAAGGUCGUCGUUGUGGGGCCAAACAGAACCAAGUUGGUGAGUCCAAACUCCUCGCUGAAGUUCACUCCGGAGGAGCUGCUGCUUUACUGCAGGGACAUGCGGGUCAUCUGCUUCCUGUUUGACCGCCUCACUCCGGACGCCCAGGUGUUAGAGAUAACCUACACCAUCGCCAAGACCUACCAGCCUCUCAAACCCGGAUCGGUUUUAUCGUUCCAGAACGCUGCGCUUGGAAGUGUGGAAAUGAAGCAGUUUCUAAGCAACCGGCGCCGAGACGCCCGCAUGAACUGGUUCGACUCGGCCUCAGACUGGGAGCAGGAGCUGGAGCGGUGCGGCGCCACCGGCUGGAGAGUCAGCUCCGUCAACGACCGCUUCGAAAUGUCGACCAGUCUGUCCAGGUUCAUCGUGGUUCCUCAGAAGGUUCUGGACACGGAGCUGAAGAAGAGCUUCGCUCAUUUCAAUGAAGGACGUAUUCCUCGCUGGUGUUGGCGGCAUCCCAGAGGCAGCGACCUCCUGCGGAUGUCCAUCUUCCAGAACAACAUCUACCACGAGAAGGACGACAUCAGGAACCUGGAGAUGGUUCUGUUCGGCUGCCAGAACUCGCUGUGCGUGGUGGUGGAGCUGGGGGACGAGCUGCCUUCCCCCUCUGACAUCCAGUUGGCGCACAGCCGCCUGCGCACCCUCUGUCUGGGAGACGUUUCCACAUCUGUGUCUGUCCCCGACGAUAAGUGGUUAUCGACGCUGGAGAGCACCCACUGGCUGGACCACGUCAGGCUCUGUCUGAGGAAAGCUUCGGAGGUGGCCUGUCUGCUCCGCAGCGGUCACCUGACUGUGGCCCUGCAAGAACCUGAGGACCGGGACAUGAGCUGCGUGGUGUCCAGCCUGGUGCAGGUGAUGAGCGACCCGCACUGUCGGAGCCAGCACGGCUUUCAGAGCCUGGUGCAGAAGGAGUGGGUGAUGGCGGGACACCGCUUCUACAGUCGCAUCAACUACCACCGGGACAACGACAAGGAGGAGGCUCCGGUUUUUCUGCUCUUCCUGGACUGCGUCUGGCAGCUCUGGUUCCAGUUCCCGUCUCGCUUCCAGCUGACCGGCGACUUCCUGCUGGCUCUGCACGACAGCAUCCACCUGCCGCUCUUCUCCACCUUCCUGGGGAACUGUCAGCGAGAGAGAUGCAAGCGAUCGCAGAAUCUGGGUCAGUCCUACACGCCCGUCAACGGCUGGAGGGACGCGCUGCAGCCGGACUCUUCCUCGGACCCGUCGGACCCUCCUCUUCCUCCGGUGUGGGACUGGGCUCUGCAGUACAGCGCCGACAGACGAGCCUGUUUCACCCAGCCUGUCCCCCCCACGCCCCCACCGCAGCCCCUGCUCAACGGAAACCUCAACAUGAAGCUGGACGCUCACAGGCCGGCUGACUCCGCCCCCGGCUCGGUCUUCCUGCUCUCCCGGGGGUCCUUCACCUGUCCUGGAAACCUGCCUCCAUGGCGGAGCAGUGCUUCGGGCGUUUACAAGAAGAGCCACCGGAGGGCGCCGUCGACGGAGAACGUGCCCGGUCUGGAGAGGCUGCUGAAGGCGUGGAAGCUCACCGCCACGUGUGGACCUCAGGGACCCGCAGACGCCUACGAGCCCCUGCUGCCCCUCCUCCUGGUGCCCUGCAUGGGCCUGUGGAGGGAGUGCUACCUGCGUGGGGCGCUCCAUGCUCAGGCCUUUUCCCACCCGGUCACCUCCAACCACCUCCACCCUGUGGAGCGUCUGGCUCAGGAGGUGCAGCAGCUCCAAGAUAAGCUAGCCCAGUUGUCCCCCGGUGCGGAUCUGGACCCCCCCACAGUGACGACCGAGCCCCGGCACGCCGACGCCAACCUGAACCAGAACACCAACAACGCCACUUUCCUCUUCUCCGCCUCCAAGCCCCGGUCGGUGGGUAAAGCGGCGCCCCCGCCAUCGUCCAACCGGCACGUCUCCAGGGCCCCGCCCCCUACCGCCACCCCGGCACCCCGGCCCGGCGGUAAAGACUUGGGGGGCAGCAACAAGCACACGUUUCUGUUCGGACACUCCUCGGUUACGGAAGGUCGCGCUGACCCUCGGUACCACCCCCCCCCAAACGCCAAACUGCCCAAGAGCGACAGGCCGUGACUGAGCCCUCCCCCAUUUUCCACCGGGUAGCAAAACCAACGUCAGUGAAUGAAGAAACCUGUUCUGGUGGAAACCGAGCGGCGUGUUUGCUGCGUGGGAAAAGGGAGGAGCUGAAAAGACGUCCGUUUAUCUAGAAACCGCCUCGGCGCCUUCAAGAAGAACACUGGGGGGGGUAUUUUUAACUUUCUUAUCCACAGAGGACAGAUAGACUGAACCAGGAUCCGUCUGUAGCAGUGGGUCUCUGGGACCGCCGACUCCAAUGUGGAAUUUAGGACACAGGAGCUAUUUUAGUGCCGCUCUGCAGAACAUCCACUUCAGUGUUAUUUCCUGGUUCUGGAUCAGGCUGCAGCCCACACAGAACCGCCGCUUUUUGUUUGAACUUCUCUGGUGUUUUUUUCAUUGACUCCUAAAGACCUGCUCUCACAGGACCUGCAGCGCCAGAAGCAAAGGGAAGUUAGCUUUAACCUCCCAUGAGUCCGCCGGCGAGUGUUCAGUACGCAGCCGGCGUCGACCUGACUGUGGGCCGCAGAGAGGAGGCGGAGCUUCAAACCCAAGCGGGUUUGUAAAGUAGAUGGCUUCUGUUCCCGUUUUUCUGGUGUUUGUUCUUGUGGGAACGCACCUCACAUGACCUUCCAGCACGGCGAAACCAUAACACGCUGUGAAUCCUCAUCCACACGCGAGCGCACGGCAGGAUGCCAACCCCCUCCGUUCGUCUUCCAUGGACAAGAAAAUCACGCUUUUUUCUGCUCGCUCCUAUUUAAAGAUUUUGGUACGAACAUCUAACGUUGCCACAUUUUUACAAGCAGCAUGCUUUGAUGUUCACGUUUGGGCUCAGGCUUUCUGUUCAUAUCAUGAGUUCCUCUGAAUAAAACCAUGUCACUCA